GUACGCCUGUACCCCUGUACCCCUGUGCGCGUGGUGUGGCACGCGGAGAAAUUGAUGCUCGGAACUUUCCCCGGCGUUUCUCCGCGCUAAGCCGGGUUUGGAGUGGACGUGUGCCCACAGAAGAGACCAUGGGAAAGCACAAACGGUGCGAAGCUGAAGCGGGAUUUGAUGAGGUGGAGAAGAAAAAGAAGGAAGAGCAGAAGAGAAAAACAAGUGUUGAGGUAGAGAGUAGAGUUUCCUUAAAGGAAGGAACAAUUGACAGGAAGAUGAAGAAGAAAAGAAAAGAAAUUGUUGAAUCUCAGGAGACUGUGGCACCUGUUGUUCAUAAAUCAAAAAGCAGACAAGUAUGUGAAGAGGUCACAGAAGUGAAGACCAAGAAGAAAUCAAAAAAGUGUCUAGAAGCAGAAAGUGCAAAAACCAAAGUGGAAAAGGAACUGAAGAUUCAUGAAACAGAGGUAUUAGAACAGGAUGACGCUGCAGACGCAGAAGAGGAGGAGCAGCAUGAGGAGGGUCAAGAAGCGGAGGACCUGAGUCCAGAGGAGAGACGGACUUUGGAGAGGAAGUUGAAGAAGCUGCGGAAGCGGGAGGAGAAGGAGAGACAGCUGAAAGAGGGCAAGAGCGAGACGGCGCCUGAGGAGCAGAAGCCCACAGCAGCCCAGCUGGCACUGCAGUAUCUCAUCAACUGGUCUAAGAAAUCCACAGACUGGAGGUUCCAGAAGACAAGGCAGACUUGGCUGCUUCAGAACAUGUUUGACUUGGAGAAGAUCUCUGACCAGAACUUCUCCGUGCUGCUGUCCUACAUGGAGGGGCUGCAAGGGGCGGCACGGGACACUACUGUGAAGAAAGCUGAGACGAUGGUGCAAGAGCUGGAGGAGCAAGGCACCGAGGAGGUGGAGUCUCAGCGGAGGGCAGAAAGGGCUCGACAGGUCAUCCAAUUGCUCUUCUGACACGGAAGGGCCCCCCCUCCGCCAUCUGCAGCACGCUGUGUCUUCUGCUGUCGGUAGAGCCAUGACAGCAGCCUCCGUGUGACUUUCCUGAGCUCAUCAGGGCUGCCCUGAGCAUUCCUGUACUGCCACUGCGUAGCUAAGUGUGCCCUGUAAGUCCUGUGCAGAUGUUUUUACUUGAUGGCAGAGGAGCAGGGAAUGACUGACUCAGACUGCCACCCCCCCCUCCAUUUGGCAGUGGUAAUCCUAUUCCUUAACAAGAAUUUUAUGCCAGUGUAACAUUUUUUUAAAUUAUAUCACGCAAAUUAAAAUGCUAUAUAUAUAAUUAUACACAGUUAGUGGUUUGUGCUGCACAGAUAGACUCUUAUUUUUUAAGGACAACAACCAGAAAUGAACCCAAUUUGCUGUUUCGCUGUGCGUGAUGGAAAUUUAAAGCAACUAAUACACGACGGAAAUCAAACGGCGCAACUGUAAUGAAGCAGCUCUGCUCUUCGUCAGUUCUCCUGGGCCAGGGUUUGAGGACUACUCUUUUUUUACAGGCAUGUUGCCUAAGCCCUGUAAUUAGGGGGACAAUAAUGUGUUCAGAAGAAAAAUAAACUUUUUAAAUGUUUUUU